CAAGAUUCCUCUCUCUCUCUCUCUCUCUGCUUUCCAUUACCUUAUUAAUAAUAAAUAAAGCUAAAUAUAAUUUACUUGAGAGGCAGCAGGCAGUCCAAUAAGUUCAUUUUCAUCAUCCUUCUCCAUCUUCAGUUAAGUUUCCCUAUCAAAGCAUAAAUUCAUACACAUAGGCAGAUAAAGUGUUGCUCUUUCUGCCUAAUCUCAUUCUCUGCAACUUUUCCUUUUUCUAGUACCCUCUUUUUCACAUCUUCCAACUCCCAGUUCAGCUUCAUUAAUUCAUCAUACAUCAAUAACACAUUAUCAACAUUCAACGACUCCUUUUUCCUGCCUGCUCCUCCUCUGCUCCAAUCGCUUUUCUUUUCUUUUCGAUUUGGUCACCAGAACAACUAAAAUUGCAGUUGAUCACCUUCUCUCCCUCUCCCUCUCUCUCUGAUAGCCAACCCAGCUACUGCAAUGAGUAUGUAAAGGGUAAUUCUUGCAAGCAUGUUUCAUUAGUUCAAGAAACCAUGAGUUUCAUUGGCAUCAAUCUACAUUUCUUUACCUUCGCUUUUGUUCUUGUUCUUGUUCAAGUUCUAGUUCCUGCAUUUGCUCUCAACACAGAUGGGGUGCUUCUGCUUUCCUUCAAAUACUCUAUCCUCAGUGACCCAUUAUCAGUUUUGGAAAGCUGGAACUAUGAUGAUGUAACACCAUGCUCAUGGAAAGGAGUGACCUGCAAAGAAUUAGGCCUACCUGGCACACCAGAUAUGUUCAGGGUCACUAGCUUGACCCUCCCUGAAAGCCAGCUUCUGGGUUCAAUUCCUCCAGACUUGGGCUUCAUUCAACACCUUAGGCGUCUUGAUCUUUCCAACAACUUCUUGAAUGGGUCAUUGCCUAGUUCCUUUUUUAAUUCCACUGAACUGCAAGUGAUUUCUCUUUCAGGCAAUGAGAUCUCUGGUGAAUUGCCUGAGUCUAUUGGUGGAAUGAGGAGUUUACAGUUCUUGAAUCUUUCUGAUAAUGCCCUGGAUGGGAAACUACCUAAGAAUUUGACCAGUCUGGAAAAUCUUACAGUUCUUUCUUUAAGAACUAAUUACUUUUCCGGUUACGUUCCCAGUGGGUUCAAUUCUGUUGAAGUGUUAGAUCUGUCUUCUAAUCUGCUAAAUGGGUCAUUACCUCUUGAUUUUGGUGGAGGUAAUUUGCAUUACUUGAAUCUCUCUUACAACAAGCUUUCAGGGCCAAUUUCACUGGAAUUUGCAAAGAAAAUUCCUCAUAAUGCCGCCAUUGAUCUCUCAUUCAACAACCUGACAGGAGCAAUCCCAGAGUCUGUAUCUUUGCUUAAUCAAAAAACAGAAUCUUUCAAAGGAAAUGUGGAUCUUUGUGGCAAACCAUUGAAGAAUCUUUGCCCAAUUCCUUCAACUCUCUCCACUCCACCAAAUAUUUCAACCAUUUCACCAGCCAUUGCAGUCAUACCCAAACCAUUAGACUCAACCCCAGUAGCAAACUCGUCCGCAGGAACCCAAAAUGCCACAACAAAAAAUCAACCCCAGAACGGUCUAAAACCAACCACUAUUGUGGCUAUCGCGGUGGCAGAUUUAGCCGGCAUAACCAUUCUUGCUAUAGCCAUUCUUUAUGUAUACCAACUGAAGAAGAAGAACACUCUCAACCAAAACGACCACCCCCAACCAAAGAACAACCAGAAACUCCCAACAGAAACCAUACUAUCAAAACUUGAUCAGCCAGUGGAAACAAGAAAACCCACAACGUGUUCAUGUUUAACCAUUAAAGCCGAAGAAACAUCAGAAGAAGCUACAACUUCAGAUAGCGACCAAGACGGCGGCCAUCAGAAUGAAGUUAUCAACCUGAACCAGCACCAGCAGAAAGGAGGAAAGCUUGUGAUAGUGGACGGGGAGACGGAACUGGAAAUGGAAACACUGCUAAAAGCACCAGCAUACAUGUUAGGAGCUAGCGGAGCAAGCAUAGUGUACAAGGCCGUGCUCGAAGAUGGUACUGCGUUCGCAGUAAGGAGGAUAGGAGAAAGUGGUGUGGAGAGGCUCAGAGACUUUGAGAACCAAGUGAGGCUCAUUGCCAAACUACGGCACCCCAAUUUGGUUAGGGUUCGUGGGUUUUACUGGGGAGACGAUGAGAAGCUUGUUAUCUAUGACUAUGUCUCCAAUGGCAGCCUUGCAAGCUCCAGUUACAGAAAACCAGGUUCAUCACCAUUUCAUCUACCUCUUGAAGUUCGAUUCAAGAUAGCAAGAGGUGUAGCUCGAGGACUAGCCUUCAUUCAUGACAAGAAAAAUGUGCAUGGCAACAUCAAACCAACCAACAUCCUCUUAAACUCCGAAAUGGAUCCCAUAAUCUCUGAUUUCGGGCUAGAUCGGCUAGUCUCUGGCUCUAGCGACAGCAACAGCAAUAGCUAUAAAUCUAGCAACUCUGGUCGCAAUUUUGGUAGCCAAAGAUCUAUCUCCACCUCACAUGACCUCUCUAUCACUACAAGCCCCUAUGCAACCCCUAGCUCCUCCACAACUAGCAACACGUCGCCAUAUCAAGCUCCUGAGUCCUUAAAGAAUAUAAAAUCAAAUCCUAAAUGGGAUGUUUACUCCUUUGGUGUUAUUUUACUUGAACUUCUCACUGGUAGAGUGCUUUCAGAUCGAGAGGUGAGCCAAUGGAACACCGGUUUAAUGGCGGAGGAUAAGAAUCGGGUUUUGAGGUUGGUUGACAUGGCGAUUCGAGCUGACGUGGAGGCUAGGGAGGAUGUCAUGUUGGCAUGCUUGAAGUUAGGGUUUAGUUGUGCUAGUUUUGCACCACAAAAAAGACCCACCAUGAAAGAAGCAGUUCAACUCCUAGAGAAGAUCCCUUAAAGUGCAAUCUUUCAAAGCUAAUGAUAAGUUUGGGUAUCAAAAAAGUGUGUGUUGUUGGAUUAAAGGGUAGAGUUUCUUUUUAUCUUUUGUUGACUUGAAAUGAUGCAUUAGCAUAAAGUUGAAAGAGAGGAAUGUGGAUAUCUUAUAUGAGAUUGUGCAUGCUUGCACUUUUGAUUGAUUAA